AUGGCUGUAUCAAGAGGAAUGCUUUUACUUUGCCUAGGGACACUUAUGGUAAGUGUGGUCUUGAUCAAAGUGGCUGAGGCUAAUGACCACCAUUCUGGUCCCUGUCAUGGGGACCCGAACAAAGGCGAUCAAUGCCUGGAAGAUGAAGAGGAUGUCAUUGGAGACGAUGAUGUAGAUGACACUUACAAGAUCGUGAACAAGGUUGCAGUGUCUUUCACUGGUAGACUGGGGGAUUUUGAAGAGGCAAGCUCAACACCACAAGAGUCAGAAGAGGCAGAGCCAGAAGAUGCUGAGGAGGACCAAAGUCAUCUGAUUGUACUGGGACAUUGA